GCCGAGCCUCUGUCUCUAUUUGCAUUUAUAUAUUCUUUCUUGUCUUGUCUUUCUAAAUAUAUAUGCUGGUCGAUUUUUUUUCUUUUCUGGGGUUCGAUUUGUGCUUGUGUGUUCUUUGGAUUCAUUAAUUUUAUAGCCUGCUAUUGGUUUCUUCGGUUACUUUAAUUAAUUUUUAAUUUUUUAUUGCAUACUUGAAAUGAGUUUGUUCCAUUUUUUGUUUGUAUUGUGAUUUAUUUGGGAAAAGAAUGAUCUAUUUGGGGCCUGGAAAAUUACCCAUAGGAGCCAGAUACAUUUUGCGUCAUAAAACAAAAAUUUUUGCCUCUGGUUGUUCUUCUUCUGUGCUGGUGAUCUUCUUGAGAUGGAAGUCAUUAUAUCUUGAUUUAUGCUAAUAUAAUUGGAGCAUAGUCUGUCAUGUGGAAAAGAAUUUUCACUGGCUGGGAAAUUUAUGAAGACCGGUUGAGAGACUUCUACAUUGUGAACUUUUUGGUAAUUACUUUUGAGUAAAGUGCUUACAUAUUCUACAGAAACCUAAUUUAGGAGGAAAAGAGAAAACUGGUAAUAUAGUUUGUACCCAUGAUUAUGAUGUUAUGGAGACUAAGGUGCCCAAAUUAAUUGUUUUGAUUGGCACCGGGUGUCAGAGAACAGCAACCCAACUAAUACCUGGAGUGCACAAGCCCUUGGCAAGGAGUUUCCCGGUAGUGCACCUCAAGUAAUUCAAAGGGAAAAUCUUCGAAUCCGAUGGCCCUUAUAGAUUGUUUGCACCAAGAGGGUUUGAAUCUUAGACCUUGGAUGGAGCAUACCACGAAGACCAAGGCCUUUACCACUUGAGUCACUAAGGGAUACUAAGUUCUAACAUGGCAACGAAGUACAUUGUAGGAGGUAUUCUGGGAUCUUUUGCAGUUGCGUAUACUUGCGACUAUUUUCUUGCUGACAAGAAGAUAUUUGGUGGUACCACGCCCAAAACUGUUUCAAACAAGGAAUGGCAGGAAGAAACAGAUAAGAAAUUCCAGGCUUGGCCUCGCACUGCAGGGCCUCCUGUUGUGAUGAAUCCCAUCAGCCGUCAGAAUUUCAUUGUCAAACCCCGUUUAGAAUAGUGAAGCUUGCAUCUUUGGAAAAUCGCUUGCUGAGUUUUUUUUCGGAAGAAUGGUCCUCUUCUUUUGUUAUUAGAUCUUUUAAUAAUUGAUUUUAUAAACUGUUUUGCUUCAUUUUUGAGGAUGUGGAAUUUGUUUUCUAACCAUCUGAAGUAUUGCCAACUUCAAACUGUAUUCAUUCUGUUGUUAAGUGGGAGUAUAAACAUUUACCAUUCGAAGCUCAAGUUUCUCCUUCCCAUCCUUAA